AUGCAAACAACCAAAACCGCCAAGAAGAGUCCCGCCAUCAACGUGACCAAGGGCGAAGAUACGGUGGAACGUGCCCGCUUGUCGUUUCUUACGAAUAUUGAUGGCAAGUCGACCAUUGCCAAUGCCCUGACCAAGCUCAAGAGUUUGGGGUGGAUGACGGUCAGUGGGAAAGAAGUGACCAUUACCAAGCUCGGCAUGGAGAAUGCCGACCAAGACGCCCUCGCAGCAGCUGCUGCCGCAAUCCCCAAGACAAACGCGGAUCACUGGGAAAAGGUCAAGGAAAAGAACAAGUUGAAUCCAAAGCAGACUGAACUGGUUGAAUUGUUGCAGGACGGCAAGACUCAUGACAAGAAGCAGGUCAUCAUGGAGGUGUAUGAGAAAUCCAACUCGACCUCUGCCAAUGCGCUGACUUUUUUGAAGAAGUUGAAGAUUAUUGAGGUUGCCAAGGGCAAGAUACGCCUCCACGAUGAAAUGUUUCCUGUGGAACCUCGGCCUGAGGACUAA